AUGUCUCAAUCUGCCUCUCAGCCUGACCUCCCGCAGCUCAUCACUUAUCCUGCAGUAUCAGAGGACGACAAGAUAUCUGCCCUUCGCCUCAUCGCGGACAGUGUAGCUCAGCAACGUCAAACCGCUGCAAAGUCAUUGAUCUCACAUCCACUCUCCGUCGCGUCAUUAGUUCUUCUGAUAUCCCUCGCCGGAAAAUACCAGUACAAUGGAAAAUCACUAGGCGACCUCGCCUUCGUGGGCACCACUGGAGCAGGAUGCAUCAUGAUCCUCUUGGUUCUCGUGCAAUGGAUGACGAGCGAAUAUCUCGAAGAGGCAGCACGCGUUGGGACAUGGAAAUGGCUCCAGUCCGAGUCCAAAGCCCCUUCAGAAGAUGGCUUUCUUGUUGCCAAAUACGGGGAUGAAAUCAUCGGAACAAUCCUCCUACGAUACACGCAUUUACCAGCCCACUCUUCAAAAUCUGAAAACGCACAAAAGCGGCCGGUCCUCGGCUCUUAG